UCAUUCAAUAUACAUUUAAUUCAAGAAACCUUCUCCCACAUGUAAACCUGCCUUUAAAAGGAGCUUCAAUGCAUGGCAGUACUGGCACACCAUUACUACAGCAGCAAAUACUUUCUUGAUCAGAUUUAGUACGAUAGAAAUAUAGAGAGACAACAUGGCAAGGUGUUAUUGCAUUCUAGUUUUAAUUGCUCUUGUUAUUGCUCAAGCAAGUGCUAGGGACGUGCCCAUAGACGCUGGCCUCGAUGACCAAAAGAACUUCAUCGCAUAUGGCGGUGUAGGUGGCUUUGCUGGAGUUGGUGGUCUGCCAAACCUUGGCGGUGUUGCUGGUGGCCUCGGUGGACUUGGUGGGGUUGGUGGCUUGGGUGGAGACUCAGGUAGUGGUGGAGCUCUUGGUGGAGGUGUUGGUGGAGGCGUUGGUGUUGGUGGAGGCUUGGGCGGUGGCAGUGGAGAUUGUGCUGAUGGUGAUGCUGGCUCUCUCUUCCACCCUUGAUUUCGCUCCUCAUUGGCUCUUCGUUAUAUAUCUACUUUAAUAAGUUGCUAUACGUAGACAUUGUGCUUUUUAAUUCUUCUCCUGUCAUCUUUCAUUGCUUUCGGAUUACAUAGGUAAUUUGUCAGCAGGCUCUUCAUUUGAUUUGCGAGGAUCUUUAUCUAUCUAUCUAUUUAUCUGUCCUUCCUGUA